CCAGUCCAUAGAGCUCUAAUUGGACAAAGUCCCCUCUUGUGUUUGCAGAGAGGUCUCUGUAAGCCGCCGUCAUGUGAUCUAGAAGAUACCGCCGUUAACGGCUUCUGACGAGUUGAGAAAUGUUGCCGUUGUCUCGGCGGUGAUUGUCAGAGUUUUACUUCAUUUAUUCGUUUCUUUCGCUCACGUAAUUAGCGUGACCCCGGCCUUGGUUCCCGCUCAGAGAGAGCGAGAGCGGGCGAAGCGGAGGUGGUGUCAGACGCACAGUUCGUCCAGUGCCGCCUGGCGUGUUUCUGGGAAAUGUUUUCUGUGAUUGAAUCACCGUCAGCUUGCAGGCUCAGCGCUUCAUGUUUGCUUGCCCGCUGCCGACUUAGAUUGACUUAACUUUUGAAAUCGUGCUGUCAUCAUGUUGCCUCACAAGCACGCCGCUUGCCAAAUUACAGACGGCCCCAUUGUGAUGCUGGACCGCCACCUACGAGGACCCAGCGUUUGACCCUGUAAUAGUCUCGGUAGAUACGCUCACAACUAGUGACUUGUAUGAGGCCCCAAUCAAUGAUAGCGGCUGUUUCGUCCAAAUUGAGCUCAAGGUUUACUGCCAGAUGAUUUGGAUGCCUUUCAAAAAGGGAGAAACAAAGUAAAGUCAUAAGAGACCUGUAGGCAACAUUAAAAAAAAGAAAAGAAACUUCACAGGCACGUCGUGAAGACAUGGACCUUCGCCUGGCACUCCUGCUCCUAUGUCUCUGUAGAGGAGGAAUCACUAACGUUGAGGAGACGGACGAAGAGGCAGUUCCCUCGGUGCCCCUCAUUCCAUUGGUGCCCAGCCUCCCUGCAAAGAACGUAGAAAAUGCAAUAACGUCACAGUCGGCAAACAUAAAUGCCAUACAAAAUGCAACAGUCGCGCCAGCUGUGGCUAGUAAGCCAGAUGGCAACUUGUCAGAGGAAGAUGAAGAUGAGGAAUGUGUAUCUUUGGGCAGAAACCCACAGUCCAGGGAGGCCAUAGUCGAUGCCAUGCAAAGACUGGGCAUACAGCUACUGCAGAUGCUGCCGACAACACCGGAAGAGCCCAACGUGAUCAUAUCUCCUCUCAGCAUAUCAUUAGCUCUCUCCCAACUGGCUCUGGGCGCGGUAAAUGAAACGCAAGAACUUCUGAUGCAGCAUCUCCAUGGAAACGCUCUGCCUUGCUACCAUGACUCCCUGCAUAACAUCUUAAUGCAGCUCCAUAACAGUGACCUUCAAAUUGCCACGCGCAUCUUCCUGAGCCAAGGGUUCGAGGCAAAGCAACAGUUCGUCCAUCAGUCCCAGCAGCUGUACGACUCGGAGACGGUGGCCUUGGAAGGGCUGGAGCAGAUAAACAAGUGGGUAGAGAAGGCAACGAAUGGAAAAAUUACAAAAUUUUUCUCUUCUCUACCGCCCAAUUUGCUCCUGAUGCUCAUUAAUGCCAUCCACUUCAAAGGAGAAUGGAAGGCUCGCUUUGACCCACGGUUCACCUCGAAAGGUGCUUUCAACAUUGACGAUAAACACCUUGUUGAUGUUGAAAUGAUGGAAGGUGCCAAUCAUCCUUUGAGCACGUUCAUAGAUUCUGAACUUGAAGCUCAGGUGGCUCGGUUCUCAUUCCAGAAAUUAAUGAGCUUGUUGGUGGUCGUACCGAUGUCCGACCAGGUGAAUGUGUCAACACUAAUCCCCAAGUUAAAUGUCUCAGACCUAUAUGAACGCCUGCCUAAGGAAAGGGCUGUGCAAGUCAAAGUCCCCAAAUUCAAACUGGAGAAUUCUCGUGAACUGAAGGAUAUUCUUACCAACUUAGGUCUGGGAGAGAUGUUUUCCAAGCCGAACCUGGCUAACAUAGCAGAUGGUCCCCUGCUGGUGUCCAAGAUCAUGCACAAGGUCUGCAUGGAGAUACAUGAGGAGGGCGCGGAGGCUGCAGCAGCAACCUCUGUGGUCAUCUCAAGGGCGUCCAACCCCAUUUUUUCACUCAACAGGCCUUUCUUCCUCGCCCUAAUAGAUGAUACAACCCAGGUCCCAAUCUUAAUGGGUGUCAUCACCAACCCCAAUCCUGGAGCUCCUGUCUUGGAGGGGGGAGAAGCUGGAAGCAAAGACAAAAUGGGAUUCCUCAGUGACAAGAACGAUCUACGCCCUUACAGUGUCCCACCAAAGUAGCAACUUUUAUCCGCAAGUCUGUUGGAAGGAAACCCAGAUGAGGAGGAAGAAAACUUUUGUGAUUUUUCCGAUUUGACUGAAAGUAUACAGUUAGCUGGAUUGAAAUAUAUGUCAAAACAGAUGCAACGUCUGUUCCCUGUUUCAUUUUCAAAUUAACACAAUUUGGAGCCCUCUAGAAAUUUGCUCAUGAUUGGUGAAACACACCAAAUUCAAGUAGGCCUAACUCUUGGGCAAAUGACUUUUUCUUUUGCAUUUAAAUGUAAGGGGUUGAUCUUCAAGUAUUGUAAAAUAUUGUGAUAUAUUUUUACUGCAUUAAAAUGGUGAAUCAA